AGCAGUAGUACAAGACACUACAGCACCCGUCACACCCUAUCCUUAGCUUACUCCGCUCAUUACAAUUUCCUACGCCUUGUUAUAAUUUCUUUGCACACGCUGCGCUACCAAUUUCCAAUUGCAAGCCCCCACACACUCAUCUCAUCUUUUCACCUUUUUUAUUUCAUUGACUCUGGGUUGGGCGUCUCGCCUUCGGGUUCAACAAUAACAAUGUCGUCUUCGACGAAUGCAGAUGAAAAGAAGAAGGAAUCGUUCAACGCAGAAGCAGCGUCACUUCUUGUCAAUAACUUAAGGGCGACUUUCGCUUCGGGUACAACGCGAAGCUACGAAUGGAGAGCGUCGCAGCUCAAGGCGCUUAUCAAACUCUGCGACGCUCACGAGCAGCAGAUCAUCGACGCGCUUUACUCAGACCUCGCCAAACCGCCACUCGAAACCGUCGCUUACGAGAUUGCUAUGUUCAAAAAUUCAUGCAAAGCUGCACUCAAGGAGUUGAAACGCUGGAUGACUUCAGAAAAGGUCAAAACUUCAAUUGCAACCUUUCCUUCUACAGCUGAAAUAGUAUCCGAACCACUGGGGGUUGUGUUAGUCAUCUCUGCAUGGAACUAUCCGUUUUUGUUGUCACUUGAACCAGUCAUUGGAGCUAUUGCAGCUGGUAAUGCCUUGGUUCUAAAGCCAUCAGAAAUUGCUCCAGCCACAUCAUCACUGCUGGCAAAAUUGCUAGGGGAGUACCUAGAUAACUCCUGUAUAAGAGUUGUUGAGGGAGCAGUUGAUGAAACAUCUGCAUUGCUGCAGCAAAAGUGGGACAAAAUUUUUUAUACAGGAAAUGGAAGGGUCGGGCGCAUAGUGAUGGCUGCUGCUGCUAAACACCUGACACCAGUAGUGCUGGAGCUUGGAGGAAAAUCUCCGGUUGUUGUUGAUUCAAAUAUUGAUUUGAAGGUAGCAACGAGACGAAUAAUUGCUGGAAAGUGGGGUUGUAACAAUGGACAAGCGUGUGUUUCUCCAGAUUAUAUUAUUACGACAAAAGACUAUGCUCCCAAGUUGGUGGAUUCCCUCAAGGCCGAAUUGGAGAAGUUUUAUGGAAAGAAUCCGUUGGAAUCAAAAGAUUUGUCUCGUAUAGUGAACUCCAAUCACUUUGGUCGUUUGACAAAGUUCUUGGAUGAUGAGAAGGUUUCUGGGAAGAUUGUAUUUGGAGGCGAAAAAGAUAAAAGCAAACUGAGGAUUAGCCCCACUAUUCUAUUGGAUAUCCCACGAAAUUCCCUGAUAAUGCGUGAGGAGAUAUUUGGUCCUUUACUUCCCAUCAUAACGGUUGAUAAACUGGAAGAAAGCUUUGAUGUGAUCAAUUCAGGAACAAAGCCUCUCGCUGCGUAUUUGUUUACGACCAACAAUAAGCUCAAGGAACAGUUUGUAAUGAAUAUUUCUGCAGGAGGUUUGGUUGUCAAUGACACUGCAUUACAUCUUGCAGUAAAUACUCUGCCUUUUGGGGGAGUUGGGGAGAGUGGAGUCGGUGCAUACCAUGGAAAAUUCUCAUUUGAUGCAUUUAGCCACAAAAAAGCAGUUCUUUAUCGCAGUUUUCUCGGUGAUGCACCAGUAAGGUACCCACCAUACACAAAUAUAAAGAUGAGAUUGUUGAAGGCACUAGUUGGUGGUGGCUUACUUGGUAUAAUUCGUGCCCUGUUUGGAUUGUCCUAGGCUCAGUUAGUAGUCUUGGAAACUUGAUGCUACUGAUAUUUGAUUCAUCAUUUGUUCUACCUUGUAUUUUAAUGUCCAGUGACAUAGUCAUACUUUGCUAUUUUCUUUUAAACUAUCAAAAGUUCAAUUUUUAAGAUGUUCCGUGGUUACUCUUUCUUGAGCGACUAAUCCAGUUCAAAUUUAUGUAUUGAUAAUUUGAUAUUCAUUUGUAGUGUUUCUGGGCACGAAAUUUAUUUCUUCUUAAAUGAAAAUUUCUAAA